UUUGAUACUCCACAAACUCAAAAAUUUCAAGAUUUACUUAUUGUUAUGAACAAAUUAAGUAAUUGUCCUUACCUUUUAAAAUUUCAUGGACUUUCUGCAUUAGAAUGGGAACCUUUAGAAAGCACGAUAAUGGUUUUUGAAUGGGUUGGAAGGGAUAAUUUGAAAACGAUAUAUGAAAAAUAUUCAAUUAGUUGGUCAACUAAGUUAGAUAUUGCUGUUGGAAUUUGUCGUGGACUUAUAUUCCUUCAUGGUAGUGAUAUUCUUCAUUAUGAUCUGAGAUGUGAAAACAUAUUUUUAACAGAAAAUCUAGAACCAAAGAUUGCGAACUUUCGACUUUGUCGUCCCAAUCAUGAUGAAAAAAAUUAUAUCCGUCAUGAUGAUCCUAUUGAACAUUGGGCAUCUCCUGAACAUCUUAAAAAUGAUUUAAGGCUGAGUUACUAUACCGCAAAAUGUGAUAUAUUUAGUUUUGGGAUGUUACUUUGGGAACUGUUUUUUGAAAGGAUUCCAUAUCGAGGUUGGAAUGCUAAGAAGAUAUCGAGUCAUGUACAGGAUGGGAAAAGGGAAAACAUAGACUUUGGUCCUAAUCCGACACGUGUACAAUUAGAUUUCUCUAAAAUUAUUAGAGCUGCUUGGCAAGAUGAUGCAGCACUUCGUCCAGGACUUUAUAAAAUCUUUUUACAAUUAGAUGAACUUCAUAGUGAAAGUCCUCAUGGAGAAAGUGAAAAAAUGCAACUUCGUAUAUUUGAUGAUGAGGAUGUUGUCAUUCCAAUCUUUUCAGAACAAGAGAGUAACAAUAAUAGUGUAUACCGAUCAGAGAUAAAUGAUAAUGAUCUUAAUAAAGUUCCGGUCGUAAAACCUUUACUAAGGUUCUCUGAAGGUUUAAAAGUUUUUGAGAGGGAAAAAGAUCAUAAAAGAGCAUGGGAUUUUUUCAAUCAACAUGCAUCUAUUGGAAAUUCACGAGCCAAAUAUUGGAAGGCGCAUUAUUUAUGGAAUGGUUAUCACGUACCACAAAAUCAGGCUGAAGCCGUAAGAUUAUUUAAAGAAGCAGCAGAUGAUGGAUUAUCUGAAGCACAAUUCUAUUAUGCAAAAUCUUUAGUUGAAGGUGGUACUGGUAAUGUGAGAAAACCUGAUGAAUUUAUUCGUUAUUUGACUGAGUCAGCAAAUAAUAAUAAUGUUGAUGCUUUCUUUACAUUGGGAAGUAUUUAUGUGAAAGGGACUCAUGGUAUUACAAUAGAUAAAGAAAAGGGUCUACAUUACUUGAAAUUAGCAGGUUUACGAGAGAAUCAAGGUGCUCUUGAUCUACUUAAAGAAAUUGGUGAAGAUCUUUUCCCUUCUUAACUGCAUCAAUUUUUUUUUUAAUGAAAGAUACGUAAAAUUUAUGGAAUUUGUUUAACCGUGUCUAUAGAAAGAAGAAAAUCAAACUAUUUUAUAGAUUAUAAUCAAAAGAUAUUAGAUUUACUAAAAAAAAUCCAUAAUAUCUAUAAUUAAUAAUCGAAAUGGAUUCUAUUUAGAUUUAUCUAAACUGAGAGUAGAAAAGAUUAUU